AUGACAAUUAGAGAAAUUUACAUAGCAAGACAUGGUUAUAGAUCAAAUUGGUUACCUCCUCCUCAUCCCCCAAAUCCUACUGGUAUAGAUAGUGAUCCUCCUUUGGCACCACAUGGUGUUGAACAAGCAAAACAAUUGGCAGCAUUUUUAACUUCUUUACCAAUUAAAGAUAAACCACAAUUUAUAAUAUCUUCUCCAUUUUAUCGUUGUAUUGAAACAAGUAAACCUAUUGCACAAAUGUUGGAUCUUAAAGUUGCAAUUGAUAGAGGUGUUGGUGAAUGGUUCCAAAAAUCAAGAAAUGUAAUUCCAAUACCAGCUAAUUAUGAUGAAUUAAAUCAUUUCUUUGGUAAUGUUUUAAUAAAUGAAGAUAUUUGGCCAAGAGAUAAUUUACAUGUUAUACCAAAUGAUAAAGGUGAAACUAAUGAAGAAGUUUUUGAAAGAUGUAAAUUAUUUUGGUUAAAAUUUAUUCCAGCGUUUGAAGCAAAAUUUCCAGAUAUUGAAAAUAUAUUAAUUGUAACUCAUGCUGCAACAAAAAUUGCUUUGGGUAGUGCUUUGUUGAAAUUAAAAUCAAUAACUGAUUAUAUUGAUGAUAAUAUAACUUUAUUACGUGCGGGUGCAUGUUCAUUAUCAAAAUAUUCUAGGAUUUUUGAACUGGAUGAUUAUAAUUGGAAAAUUGUCAUGAAUGGUAAUUGUGAAUUUUUAACUAAAGGUGAAGAAAUGAAUUGGAAUUUUACUAUAAAUGUUGAAGCAGGCUCUGACGAAGAUAUCAAAAGAAGAAAAAAGGAAGAAGAGGAGCAACAACAGCAAGCUCAACAAUCUUCAAACUCAGAAGAAGCACCCACCACUGAAUUAGCUCAUGGUUCAGAGUUGGAUGGAAAUGAAGAUGAAUUUGAUGUACGUGCUAGACAAGUUUAGAUUUUUUUUAUAGAAAUAUAUUUACUAACAAUAUACAAUAGAGUUUUUACAUAACAGUUGAUAUUCCUAAUUAUAAUAAUAAAUAUGAUGAUGAUGAUCAUAAUGGUAAAAAUCAACCUAAAAUCAAAAGGAAUGUAAUAAAACCAUCGGCAAAUUUUCAAUUCACUGAUUUGAAAGAAUCGCAUCCUUUAAUUAAAUUAUCCAAUAACAGAGACACUCAACAAGAUGUUAUUGAAGAGAAGUUGAGCACAAAAAGAAAGAGCAAAAUCGUUCAACCAUCAGAUAUAAUAGAUGGUAGAAUAUAUGAAACAAGUUGGAAUAAAAUAGUAGGUACAGAAUUGAUUUUCGACGAAUACGGAGAAUUAAUUGGAAAAGUUGAAGAGCAUAUUGUUGCUGAUCCAACUAUUACUUUUAAAAAUAAAUCAGCAAAUGAUAUUAACGUUGACAACAAUGAUGAAGUAACAAACAAAAAUGGGGAUUUUAGACAAAUUGCAUUGAAGAGAUUGGAAGAGAAGAACCGAAAUCAAAAUUAA